GCUUGUUGAUCAGUGUUCGUAUUGACGCCUUGACAUGCGGUGAAACUGCGUUAACUGUUAAAAGUGAAAAAAUUCGAAAAAUUAGCUCAACUGAAAUAUAUUGUUUUACCAACAUUACGUGCUCAUCUAACUAUGAUAUAUGAUUGCGUAUGAGUAACUAAGUGCAGGUGCUGGAUACUUUACGGUGUUAACCACAGAAUUGGAUAAAAAAUAGCUAGUAUAUGUCACGUCAAAAACAAUUAAGUGAAAUCUGGAAUAUUAAUGCCCAAAAAUUAUCCUCCGAAUUAAAAAGCAAGUUUUCAUUCAAUCGAAAUUUUUUUUCACUAGACUACAAUAAAUUCUAUUCCAUAAUGUAAAGACGCUGGCUCAAUAGCAUUUUGCAUUGAUAAUUUGGAAAAUAUUAAAACUGACGGUACAAAAAUAAAACAUGUCGUCAAAACAAGUUCCGAAUUUAUCUGAGGAACAUGAUAUGGAUUAUGGUGAUCCACACUCAAAAACUCAAAGAAUCAGUGUUAUAUCGCAAGGAAGACAAAGCAGAAUCAGUUGUACUCAAUGUGGAACAGUCCAUCAGGGUCUAUGCGAAAUUCCAAAAGAGCUAGCACUUCACGACGAUGAAGGUCAUAACUGGUGGUCAAUCAUUUUCUCACUACUGGUGAUUGGCUUAGUGAUAUCUGGCAUAAUAGCUGCAAUAUUCUUAGUUGGAUACGUGGACGAGCUCCUCUACUGGCAUGGUGAGAGAAUGAAGCUUGAACAGUAUUUACAGGGUGAACUAACUCCCAAACGCCUUCCUUCGUCAUGGAUAUCUUCCAGUCAUUUCGUUUUCCAAGCCGACGAUGGUAGCUUAGCAAUUUUAGAUACUGACAAGAACUUUACAGUGUCAGUCCUAGUUACUAAUCAUACACUGAGGCAAUUAAAUGUUAGGGGGUACCAGUGUUCAAAAAACUUUAAAUAUGUUCUAUUUCAACAUAAUGUAAAAACGGUUUUCAGACAAUCCUGUACAGCACACUAUACUAUCUACGAUGUUAAUAAAGACCAUCAUAUACCUGUUCGGUUCGAAUCUUCUCCAAAAGCUCAACCGGAACGAUUGCAAUACGUCAGCUGGUUGAGAGAUACUACAUCUCUUCUAAUUAUCUUCAAUAACGACAUCUACUACAGGCAUUCUCCUGAGGAUGAGACGAACACUAGGCUUACAUUUACGGGACAACCCGACGUAGUUUUCAAUGGAGUUCCCGAUUGGUUAUAUCAAGAAGACGUGCUCCAAAGUCAAGAAGCUUUAUGGCCUUCUUAUGAUGGAACACAUCUCCUUUAUGCCACUUUUAAUGACACGGAAGUUGGAAUUCUAAAUUUUCCAUGGUUCCAGACGGAAGCCGUAUUAGCAGGUGGAAAAGCUUCUAACAGACCGAUGUUAUUUCCUGGAUCUAAAUCUAUUAGAUAUCCUACCCCUGGCACUCCCAUUCCACAAGUGCAACUUUGGGUAUUGGAUAUAUCAAAUCUAACGAAUCUGGAGAAUUAUCAAGUUAUGCCGCCAAAUGCCUUAGAGGGACAAGAUUACUACAUGACGUCAGCUGGUUGGAUUGGACAGAAGAACACGGAAGUGUCUGUGGUUUGGAUUAAUCGAGCUCAGAAUUUGAGCAUCGUAUCUGCCUGUCUAGCGCCAAACUGGACAUGCAUUGAGAGUCACACGGAACGAUCGUUAGAGCGAGCAUGGCUGGAAGUGCAAGAACAUCCAAUUUUUUCACCUGAUGGUGAUAGCUUUUUGAUGUUGGCCCAUGUGCAAGAAGGAAGACGGGAAACGUACACACACAUUAAACAUAUUACGGUGACUCAGCAACAUAUAGCCGUUCUCAGUCAUGGACCUCAUGAAGUUAGCAAAAUUUUAGCGUGGGAUACUACAAGUCAUUUAAUAUGGUACUUAGCAACUGAACCGCAUAAGGCUGGUCAACAACACUUAUACGUAUCGCAAGAUCCAACUACAGAUGAUCCUCGUCGUAUAGAGUCAUAUUGUAUAACUUGCGAACUGGGUGACGUUUUGUGGAGUAGUCGAUUUUUAUAUGGAAACUGCACACAUUUUAAUGCAAUAAUUAGCCCACAAAGUGAUAAUUACCGCGCCCCAUUCUAUGUACUACAAUGCGAAGGUCCAGGUCUUCCGUUGGCCGGAAUGCAUAAUUCAACUAGUCAUAAGCUUCUCAAAAUAUUAUACGAUACCAGAAUAGGGCACGGUGUUCUAUUGCAAGAUCUGGCUAUGCCUAAAAAAAGAUCGUUCGAGGUUCCUCUACCUCAAGGCAGCUUAGCCGAAGUGCAGUUGUUAUUGCCUCCAUCCUGGAGAGAAGAACUGAGAGAUGCAGCAUAUCCCGUUGUUGUUGAAGUGAAUGGGCGACCAGGUAGCAAAAGUGUCACAGAAAAAUUUGUAGUAGAUUGGGCGACAUUUAUGUCCAGCCACUGUGAUGUUGUAUAUAUUAAAUUAGAUGUAAGAGGUUCGAGAGGGCGAGCAGAUAAGGCACUGUAUCGGCAACUUGGUGGAAUAGAGGUUCAAGAUCAGAUUUCCGCGAUCGACUACCUACUGAACAAGGAUCACAAAUAUCAUAAGUAUUUAGAUAAAACAAGGAUAGGCAUUUGGGGCUGGGGCUAUGGGGGAUAUGUUACAUCAAUGGUGUUGGGCAUGGGAAACCAGCAAAAGGUUUUCAAAUGUGGUAUUGCUGUUAAUCCGAUAACGGACUGGUUAUACUAUAAUUCGGCAUUUACGGAGAAGGUUUUGGGUCUGCCAACAGAAAACUAUAAAGGCUACGUUCAGGCUGACGCAACUCAGAGAGCUAAAAAUAUACCAAGGAAAUCUUUUUUUCUCCUUCACGGAAUGGCUGAUCUUACUGCUCCUUAUCAGCAUAGCGUUUUGCUCUCAAGAGCUUUAGCCGAACAUGGUGUACUAUUUCGAUAUCAGAGCUACCCUGACGAAGGCCACGAGUUAUCAGGAGUCCUAGAACACGUGUAUAGCUCAAUGCAGAACUUCUUCGAAGAGUGCCUUAAGCUCGACACUGAAGAGCGCGAAUUACCCGCCACUGAGGACACUUGAAACUUUCUGUACCAUCUACUGCCUUACCCUCAUACUCAAUUUGAACCGAAUGCGCAAACAAAGAACUGGUUAUCAAGUAUGUUUCGGGAUAUUCGAUUUAUAUCAGCAAAAAAUACUUGAAAACGUAUUUUCUACUUAUUACCAUGGUUCAGGAAAGAUCCUAGAGCAUCACAAACUAAACUAGGUUCAUUUAUUAUCGAAUUCGUCAAAAAUAAUAUCAAAAUUGUUCACUUUCUUAUAACGAAAUUUAAACGGAAAGCUUGAACAAGGCUUAGAAAUCUAAUAUUAACAUAGAAAAGAUUUACAGAAGAAAGACACCAACUAGCUGGUUUUAUGAACAUAGGAGGCAAACAGAUUGGUUUCAUGAUAAGCGUCGAUUUCAAUUUCACUUUAAAGGAAUAUUAGAGGAAAACCGAUUCAGGGUUUGUUUACGACUGCUUUAAAUAAUUUACGGCAGGUUUUGCGUUUUAUAGUUAGAUUCUUAACAUGUGCUGUAUUAUCAAACUACCGAUUGGAAUAUAUUUUUUAACCUAAGCAGGUUCACAUAAAUGUUUCCAACAUAACUGGCAGAGAUUGGUCGACUUUAUGCUUAUCGUGCGACCAGACCUAACGAGCCGAGCCUGAGCCGCGGCGAAUUCCUGAUACUUUUUCUAAACACCGACAGACGAUCCAAUUUCUGUCGUUGUUUUCACAAAACAUUAACGAAAUUUGCCGCGGCUCAGGCUCGGCCCUUUAGGUCUGUACACGACACUGAAGACAAAUGAAUGAGGUUUUUUUGCGACUUAAGCGGGCAAAUAAUUUUUGAAAUAAGAAAAUAUUUGUUCGCUUAAGCCGCAAAAGAACCCGUUCAUUUAGAAUUUUCGGACACUAAAAACUCUUCACUUAUAUGUUCAUUGAAUAUAAAGUCCCAUGUCAUAAUUUCAAUUUUGCUACAGCCCGGUUACUGCUCUAAUAACAAUUAAUUGUUAAUUUUCCAUUAAAAUUUAAUUUCCAUUUCAAUUUCACUGAAAUUGAUGACAAUUAGUUGUACAGUGCCUUCAGCUCAUCAUUAAUUUGUGUGUAGUCUGUCUCGUUAUUUCUGCAGAAAAAUAUGUUAAUCAAGAAUAUAUGUUUUGUGUAAUACAAGACAAAGAAAUUAUGACCAAACAAUGUAAUUAAAAGAUUAAAUAUUUCAUCAAGCUGUACAAAAAAUGAUGGAAUAUUCUGGAGGGUUCCCGGCCUUCUUAUGGUUCAAACAAUUAGCACACUGAGGAAGGCGACAAUAAAUUUCCGAAAGCUUGGUAGCUAAAAAAGUUUUUAUUUCUCUUCACCACUGCCGAGACCGAAUUGCCAAGAAAAAUCAACCAUCCUGCAAUUAUUCGAAAUCGGUCAAGAAACUGAACUUAUUUAGCUUCAAAUGUAAAUUGAGAGCUACAACGCUGUAGAAAACUGUUGGGAAUUUAUAUUUUUAAGCUCAGUUCAGUUAUAACAAAUCUUAAAUUUAGAAUUGCAAAAAUCGGAUAGCAAUAUUCAUCAUAGAAAUGUUCUUAAAUGUCUUAAAUCGCGAACUAUGGCAGCAACUUGAAAUAAAUCAGCUCAUGAAAAUGUUUUUAAAUUGUAAAACUGGAUUUCGUUGCUACCGAAACUCACAAGGGUUUUGACCUCAGAAAACUCAUGACUCUAUGCUUACAAUAUUUGAUCAGAAACGCAAACAUUCUGGAAAUUUUAGCCUCAUCUGACUUGUCAUCAUAGUGUUUGAAAAGUUUAAGAAUGUGAUUUUGUAGAAUCACCAAUAAGUUUGUUCCUUGCAAAUGGUCCCUAAGUCUCUGCCGGUAUUACUAGAUCAAAAAAUAAAUCAACAAAAUACAAGGUAUUUAUAUUAAAUGCAAUGGCGUAUAAAUAUUAUUAUUAUAAUUCUUUCUCAUAAUGUAUAAAUUAGUGGUUAGAUGCUUUGUACAAACUUUGUAUUUCUGCCUAUACACUAUAUGAUAUUAUAUGUAUGUACAUAUAAUGCCAUAUAAAAUUGUUACAACUUUGAAAUCUGUUAAACUAUUAUUUUAAAGGUAGAAAAGAAACAGUCAAUUAUGAAUGCUCUUAAUAUUUGUUUCCUUUCUUCAAUUGUGGGCGAGUAAUUUUAACGUUUUUAAGAGUUUUUAACGUAAGACCUUUUUUCCCAUGACAGCAUAAAAGCCUGACAAACUCGCCAGUGUCAAGUAAAGCUCGCGAAAGCCUACUCCUAUAAAAAACAAAUUGUUUGAAAAUCAAAAACAUGUAAUCUGCAAUCAAUUCUGAGAUUCAUUAAAAUCAAAUUUUUUUCGAAUCAGCAGUUUAAAUACCGAUGUUUGCGGUUUUUUAUAGCAAUAUUAGAACGUAUGCUUGCAAGAAAUUACGACAAUUGGAAAUGCAGAAUACCAGUUGGUUAGUUAAGCAGCAACGUUUUUAAUAGAUUAUUGAGCAAAAACUUUAUUAGCUAAUGCUCAGCUUCUGUCUAUUUUCUCCCCCUUAGUCUCGUUUGCCUAACAAAAACAUGGCCAUUUACUUAGCUAUAGCGAGAAACUUGUUGGGUUAAAUCUGUGUGACCGAUUUGCAGAAUUUGCCUACUAAUUCGUCGAAAAUUGCAACCCGAAGUCUUGUGUGAAUGAGUUUCGGAAUGAAGUAUAUAUAGCAGGAGAGGGCUUUAGGGUUCGACUGGCUUUAGUUUGGUAUCAACAUCGUUCGAUAAUAAAUAAACUAUCGUAAUUAAACGAAAAAUUAUUUGCCCACUUUCAGAGCUUGGUGUAUAAAAAUAUUAACCGACAAAAAAGGUUGUGACCGUUAACGUAGGCAAGUAAAAUUACAACUUAUCGUAUCCUCCUGACUAUCUAUUUUUUGUAAAUUAUAUGAAUCUAAUAAUUAUCGUGGUCAUAAAAUGUGUUUAUAUUAUUUUGUAUAUUAUUUUUGAAUUAAAAUAGAUGGUCUAGUACUGAUACUAUGUUUGUAGAAAUGUUUAUAGAGAGCUACGCUAUAAUCGCAGAACAGACAAUCUGAAAUUAACUGUUAAACAAUUUCAUUGGGCAGCCAAAAACUUUUCUAGCGUACCUAUAAGAACUCACUGUAUGCAAGCAACUGUCUCUAUGUUAUCAGGUUAGAUAUAUGCAGUGUACAUUUCAACCGAUAACAUAUUUAACCAGUCAUUAUCAAACUUCUGGUUUAAAUUAAUAAACUUAUUUCCAGAAAGAGCAGAGAAAACCGUACAGAAGCAGUAGGUACUGUUUUCUGAUAGCUAUUUUACCGCAUCACUAAAAGAUAGCUAACUUCCUUUCAUCGGUAACUUUAGCAGUGCUUGAUUUGGUGAAACUAAAAUUGUUAAUAUGACUUCAAUUGAUUUGAAACGAUAGUGAAUUUUCAGACUAAAUUUAAGUUGUUAUACUUAAUCUUAUAUAAUUAGGGAAAUCCUUUCUCACUUAUACUUUUGCCCCAGUCGCCAACCGUUAUUUAUCAAGAACAUUAAAUAAGUGAUUAAAUCGCAUCUCCACUCCUCUUCAGUUUGCUUAACUUAAAAAGUUUGACUACAUUACAAGAUAUAUCUAUCUUCAUUAUGGAAAUUCACUCAUGUGGACGAGAACAGUAAAUAUUUAUCAGUUGGGCGCCAAUCUCCGGAAAAUUGUAGUUGCUAGUCACUUAUAUAAACAUUCAUUCAUUCAUAAAUUAACAAAUUAUGUAUCUAUAUAUUUGCGGAUGGUAAAUCACAUAAAAAAGAUCAGCUAGUUCUGAUUAACUUUUAUAAUCAAACGGUUCCUUCCCACUGUGGUGCAUUCUACAAUAAAUUAAAUUCCAAUACAUUUACUUCAUAAAUAAAGCGGCCUAAUUUUGUUAAAAUGUUUUUUUUUUAUCAAAUGGAGAGACCAAAGUGUGGCCGUUCGAUCACGUAAGUUUGGACGCAACUAACUCGUAAGCAAAAUUGCUUACGAUCUAACCCUCGCUUAAGACUCAUUAAAACAUAGUGUAGAUAUAAUAAAACUGAAAAUGGGACAAUCAACUUAGUUUCCCAAAAACAUUCGAAUAAAUUUGUUCUUUUCGAUUUGUGAAUUAAUAUUAUUGGGUAUUUUCUAUAUGUUUAACAUUGACUGCUUUACUAUUUUCGCUCUUUAAGGGUUGACUGCAAAAUAAAAAGUAAGUCUUAUGGAAAUUCAACUAACGAAGUUUUAAGUUACCAGGAAAGUUUUUGGUGAGCCACUAGUUUAUAUUAUACGAGCAGGGCUUUUUUACCAACCUAUCUAAAAAAAUCCAAUAGCGAUUUUAGCUUUUAAUAUAAAAUAAUUUUUUUGAUAAUGUUAUUUCAUGAGAGCAAGUCUUCCUCAAUUUUUGAAGUGUGAAUUUCAGGUAACAAAUACUUAUUAAUACCCUCUUCAUGUAGCUCUAUUGUUUUGUGUACCGAAUGGUCGGUUGUGGUUUUAUCUUACCCGCAUAUACAAGGUGUUUCAUGAGGAUUGCAGAAAACCAAUUUGCAUUAAAUAAGUGCCUAUUAGAGAGAUAUGUACAAGCGAUUUUAGCACAAGAUUUACAAAUGUUCGUGGUAAUAUUUGCAAAUGGAAUACAUUUUCUUAACAAAUUUCUGGAAAUUUUAAUACAACAUUCCAAUGGUCACAAAACAAUAGUAGUACACUAUUCCUUAGGAAUUAUUACGUUGCAUGGUAACUUUAGUUUCGAUAAAGUAAUUUACUGUCAAGUGUAAUUAAUAUUCCUCUUAUCUAUCAUCCAUGUUAAGUAAUAAUAAAAGACAGAACACCAAUUAAACGUAAAAAUAAUUGUUAAGGUUUCAGCUAUGUUAAAUAAAAAAUGUUACAUGUUUCUUUCAUUUUAGUGUUAUCUAUUUAAUAUGGGAAUGAACGAAUGAAGUUUACAAUAAAUUGUUAUUAUUACAA